UCAGUUGCUCCAGCAGUUAUCUGUUCACGCGCGAACUAACAACAGCAUAUCAAGGAAAUUGAUAGAAUUUUUUAAAAAAAUCUCGCCAACAUGGACACUUGGAUACUACUGUCUCUGUUACCUGGCACCAUCGCUGUUUAUUACUACUUCUUUAAGGAUUUGAAUUUCUUCAAGAAGCAUGGGAUUCUUCAUAUACCACCGUGGCCUGUCGUGGGCAACAUGGGGCCAACUUUUCUCCGCCAGUUAUCGUUGACUGAAAUGGUUCAGAAAAUCUACAAUCUGAAUCGAGACGCCAAAUAUGUUGGUUUCUUCGACAGCAUGAAUCCAGUAGUGGUGAUACGUGAUCCAGAGCUCGUCAAGUUAAUCGGCAUUAAGAACUCUGAGUUGUUUCCCGAACAUCGCGCUUUCAUCGACGAAGUUAAUGACCCUCUGUUAGGCAAGAAUUUAUUUUCGCUUCGUGGUGAAAAAUGGAAAGAUGUGAGAAAUCUAUUAAGUCCCGCUUUUACAUCCAGUAAAAUGAAAGCUAUGUUUAAGCUUAUGUCUGAUUGUGCUGCCAACUUUACCGAGUUUCUUUCCAAAAUGCCUUCUGAUAAAAAUGAUAUGGAAAUAAAAAACUGCUUCACCAGAUACACGAAUGAUGUAAUCGCAACAUGCGCCUUUGGAAUUAGCAUAGAUUCUAUGAGAAAUCCUACCAACGAUUUCUACGUUCUCGGAAAAGAUGCUACGAAUUUUAAUACAGUGCGCGCGAUAAAAUUUUACUUAAGUAGGAACAUGCCUACUAUCACAAAAAUGUUGGGCAUUAAAUUUAUUGGUGAUCAUAUAAGUCAAUUUUUCAAGGAUCUCGUGAGGAAUACGAUAGAUAUCAGAGACAAACAGAAUAUCGUACGACCGGACAUGUUGCAACUAAUGAUGGAUACUAAAGGAAAAAGGGGACCCGGAAAAGAACUGACUAUUGAGGAUAUGACUGCACAGGCAUUCGUCUUCUUUUUUGGCGGGUUUGAUACCGCUUCCACUUUGAUGUGCUUCGCUGUUCACGAAAUCGCCGUCAAUCCAAGUGUUCAGAAAAAACUGCGCAACGAGGUAGACGAAGUUUUGAAGCAAACAAACGGGGAAUUAACCUAUGACGCUUUAAGCGGAAUGCAAUAUUUAGACGCUGUUGUUAACGAAGCUCUUAGAUUGUGGCCUCCGGCGAUUUUCUCGGACAGAAUAUGUAUGCAAGAUUUCGAAUUACCGCCUGCGCUUCCAGGAGAUAAGCCUUUUGUCGUGAAGAAAGGAUCCAUCGUUUGGUUUCCUAUUUUCGGUUUUCAUCGAGAUCCAAAGUAUUUUGAGAAACCGAAUGAAUUUUAUCCCGAACGAUUUUUGGACGAGAAUAAGAAAAAUUUAAAUCUAAACGCAUUUAUACCAUUCGGACUCGGUCCGAGGAUGUGCAUAGGUAAUAGAUUUGCAUUAUUGGAAACAAAGGUCUUAAUAUUUCAUUUAUUGGCUCGCUGCGAAUUAAAACCGUGUGCGAAAACUUCUCAUCCGUUACAAUUAAGUAAAGCAAGCUUCACUCCACUAGCAAAAAACGGGUUCUGGCUAAAGAUUCAAGCGAGAAACGAUGCGCAUAGUAGUGUAUCCACAAGUGUUAAUGGCGAUGCGGCUAAUGGUCAUAGUCAAAGCCAUACGAAUACGGAUAAAACAUACACUUGUAAAUAAAAAUCUAAUUUAAUUUUUUACUUAUUGUUAAUUAAAAGAAAUUAUGCGCAAGAUAUUGAUAUAUUUAAAGAUAAGAUAAUAAAGUGCGUGUAAAAUAAUUUUAUUUUAAAUAACUUUUCCGUUUAUGUAAUCAUUAAAAUAGCAGUAAAACGGCAA